AUGCACUCCUCGAACUCCACCGUCAUGGCUGCGGCGGCGCGAGGCGCUCACUGGCAGCAGGACCGCGGCGGCCCGAGCGGCAUCCCCGGCCGGCCCUCCCGUCCGCGCCGCGCCGCCGCCCCGCCCCGCCUGUCACCGCCGGGGAGCGUCGCCAAAGUCCGCCGCCCGCGCGCGCCGCCCGCUGUCACCGCCGGGGAGCGUCGCCAAAAGCCCCGACGUCCCGCCCCCUUCAUCCGGGCAGGCGGGCGGAGGGACGGUGGGGCCCAGCAAGUGUCGCGGGAGCCGCUGGCCCCGCGCGCUCCCGCGCGCUCCCGCGAGCCGGCAGCUAGGCAACCCGGGGGACUGGCAGCAAGCACUCGGCCGGACCUUGGCGGGAAGAUUGGGGCGGGGGGGGGCGACUGGGAGGGCGCGGGAGCGGGAAGGUCUCCGCGGGGCUGUGGCGGCGUCUCCCCUGGGUCGGCACUUUGCACCCGCUCCCUAAGUCUGGUCCCACCUCCGCUCCCCCGCCCUGGGCCGCCUGGCCAGGCUGUCUGGGCGGGGCGAAAGCGCCGGCGCAGGCGCGGGAGCGGCCGGAGGCGUGGUCAGCGGGGUCGCGGCCGUCAGGGGCGCGCAGCACGCCGUCGGAGUCCAGAACUACCUGGAGGUGAGCUCCGCCGGCCUGCGCCCGGGAGGGAGGAGGGCGACCCCCGGGAGGGGCAGAUGGGAGCCCCGCCCGCGGCCGCUGUGCCCCACCAGGAGGCCGCAGAGCGGCUGAACUCGGCGGUGCCGGUCAAGUUCACCAUCUCCAGCCGCACGGAUGCUGGGGUCCACGCCCUGAGCAACGCGGCGCACCUGGACGUCCAGCGCCGCGCAGGCCGGCCGCCCUUCUCCCCUGAGGUCCUGGCGGACGCCCUCAACACCCACCUGAGGCACCCGGCCAUCCGGAUACUGCAGGCUUUCCGUGUGCCCAGCCACUUCCAUGCCCGCCACGCAGCCACGUCCAGGACCUACCUGUACCGCCUGGCUACCGGCUGCCCCAGGCCUGACCAGCUGCCUGUGUUUGAACGAAGCCGAUGCUGGGCGCUUCGGGCUGACUGUUUGGAUGUGGCUGCCAUGCAGGAGGCUGCCCAGCACCUCCUGGGGACACAUGACUUCAGUGCCUUCCAGUCAGCCGGCAGCCCAGCUGCCAGCCCGGUACGCACCCUGCGCCGAGCCUCCGUGUCCCCCGAGCCCGCCAGCCCCUUUGUCCUCCCCCAGGAGAGCAGGCGGCUGCGGUUCUGGACCCUGGAGUUUGAGAGCCAGUCCUUCCUAUACAGACAGGUGCGGAGGAUGACAGCUGUGCUGGUGGCUGUGGGGCUGGGGGCUUUGACGCCUGCUCAGGUGAGGGUGAUUCUGGAGAGCCGGGACCCCCUGGGCAGGCACCAGAGCCGAGUGGCCCCUGCCUAUGGCUUGUUCCUGAAGUCGGUGCUCUACGAGAGCCUCGGCUCUGUCCCCAAGCAGCCCUGCGCAGCCUCGGCGUGCACAGAAGUCCCAGAUGAGCUCCUGGUGCCCAGUGAGGUCAGCAGCUAGGCCCAGCUGCCGGACGCUGCCCGGCUCCGUACACCACCGCACGUCACACACGGACCACGGCAGGCCCCCUGCCUCCUGUUGGCCUGGACACGCCAUAACCCCCCACCUCCCUGGACGCCUGCCUGCC